AUGGCUUCUUUAGGUAUCAAUCUCGGUAUGUUCGGGCAUGAAUCACGGGCCAACUAUUGGGCUGGGCCGAUUGUGGAUUGGGUUGAAAAGAAGUUUCAGAAGAUCUUAGACUUCUUGGGAGAUGCGAUUUUCAACGCCGACUCGGGCUUGUGGGAGGAUAUGAGAAAAUCCUCUAAUGCCAUAUUUAGCCAUCAAAAUUUUCAAAGUUUUUCGGUGAGUACAAGCGUAAGCAAAUUGUGGCAAGGGCUUAUUCCUAUUCUUGAAAACGCUGUUGAGAAACACACCAUCAUCGACUUGCAAGAUUUAUUCCAAAGAUUCUUGUUCGAUAAAUCUUCAAUUUUGAUGAUCGGGUAUGAUCCAAAAUGUCUUUCUAUUGAAAUGCCUAAAGAUGAGUUUGGUGACGCGAUGGACGGAGUUGCAGAUGUUAUUUUCUAUAGACAUCUCAAGCCGUCUUUCCUGUGGAAGUUCCAAUAUUGGAUUGGUGUUGGACUAGAGAAGAAGAUGAGAAGAGGUCUCGCGGUUUUCGACCAAAUGCUUGGGAAGAUCAUAUCGGUUAAAAGAGAGGAGAUCAAAAUUCAUGGGAUUCAUGACUCAGAAGGAGUAUUGUGA